CUCAUUCGCCAUUUUAUGACUCGGGGAGUCGCUUUGUUGAAGUCGAACCAGCGCUUCAUGAUUGUGAAUUUGAAGUAAAUGUAGAGCUAGGCUGAUUGCGAGAAGUUAUAUCGGCAAGGACGGCAAAUAGCAUAGGAACUAGCCAUCUGAAAAUAGUGACAUUCUUCUUGACUAGCUAGCGUUGACUAUGUGGUUAGCAUAGCUAGGCUAACAGCUUUAGCAAGCAACGGCUCAAGAAACUUCGAUCAAUCGACGAAAUAAAAUUCUCUUAAUUUGAUAUUAUCAAACUACAACACUGACGACCACCGUGCAAGACUCGAAGACCGAGGAGAUGGCGAGCUCCGUGGGAAAUGUGGCUGACAGCACAGAACCGACAAAACAACGUAUGCUUUCCUUCCAAGGGUUGGCCGAGCUGGCGCACAGGGAGUACCAGUCGGGUGACUUUGAGGCUGCCGAGCGCCACUGUAUGCAGCUGUGGAGGCAGGAGCCCGACAACACGGGCGUGCUACUGUUGCUCUCCUCCAUCCACUUCCAGUGUCGCAGGCUCGACAGGUCUGCCCACUUUAGCACCUUGGCCAUCAAGCAGAACCCUAUGCUUGCUGAGGCCUACUCCAACCUGGGCAACGUGUACAAGGAGCGUGGCCAGUUGCAGGAGGCUAUAGAGCACUACCGCCACGCCCUGCGGCUGAAACCAGACUUCAUCGACGGGUACAUCAACCUGGCAGCAGCCCUGGUGGCAGCGGGGGACAUGGAGGGAGCCGUCCAGGCCUACGUCUCAGCCCUACAGUACAACCCUGAUCUGUACUGUGUCCGUAGCGACCUGGGGAACUUGCUCAAAGCCCUCGGGCGGUUGGAAGAGGCUAAGGCGUGUUACCUGAAGGCUAUUGAGACUCAGCCCAACUUUGCGGUGGCGUGGAGCAACCUGGGCUGUGUGUUCAACGCCCAGGGAGAGAUAUGGUUGGCCAUACACCACUUUGAGAAGGCUGUGACUCUGGAUCCCAACUUCCUGGAUGCCUACAUCAACUUGGGCAACGUUCUGAAAGAGGCUCGCAUCUUUGACAGAGCGGUGGCUGGCUACCUGCGUGCCCUCAGCCUGAGCCCCAACCACGCCGUCGUCCAUGGCAACCUGGCGUGCGUCUACUACGAGCAGGGUCUUAUCGACCUGGCUAUCGACACGUACCGCCGCGCCAUCGAGCUACAGCCCCACUUCCCUGACGCCUACUGUAACCUGGCCAACGCCCUCAAGGAGAAGGGCAAUGUAAGGAAGAACACGGUAUCCGAGGCUGAGGAGUGUUACAACACGGCCCUGCGUCUGUGUCCCACCCACGCAGACUCUCUCAACAACCUGGCCAACAUCAAGAGGGAGCAGGGCAACAUCGAGGACGCCGUCCAGCUGUACAGGAAGGCCCUGGAGGUGUUUCCAGAGUUUGCUGCGGCCCACUCUAACCUGGCCAGCGUUCUGCAGCAGCAGGGGAAACUCCAGGAGGCCCUCAUGCACUACAAAGAGGCCAUCAGAAUCAGCCCUACGUUUGCUGAUGCCUACUCCAACAUGGGCAACACUCUGAAGGAGAUGCAGGAUAUCCAGGGAGCUCUACAGUGUUACACCAGAGCCAUCCAGAUCAACCCUGCCUUCGCUGACGCUCACUCUAACCUGGCCUCCAUACACAAGGACUCUGGUAACAUCCCAGAAGCCAUUGCGUCUUACCGUACUGCCCUGAAACUGAAGCCUGACUUCCCUGAUGCCUACUGCAACCUGGCACACUGCCUGCAGAUUGUGUGUGACUGGACAGACUAUGACGAUCGUAUGAAGAAGCUGGUGAGCAUCGUGGCUGACCAGUUGGAUAAGAACCGUCUGCCCUCGGUGCACCCCCACCACAGCAUGCUGUACCCCCUCUCUCACGGCUUCCGCAAGGCCAUCGCUGAGAGGCACGGCAACCUCUGUCUGGACAAGGUACAGGCCCUCAUCAAAAUCAAUGCGCUCCACAAGCCGGCCUUUGAGUACCCCAAGGACCUGAAGGCCAGCGCAGGGCGUCUGAGGGUAGGAUAUGUCAGCUCUGACUUCGGGAACCACCCCACCUCCCACCUCAUGCAGUCCAUCCCCGGCAUGCACAGCUCGGAGAAGUUUGAGGUGUUCUGCUAUGCACUGAGCCCAGAUGACAACACCAACUUUAGGGUUAAAGUGGUGGCCGAGGCCAAUCACUUCACUGAUCUGUCACAGCUCCCGUGUAACGGUAAGGCAGCAGACAGGAUCCAUCAGGAUGGACUCCACAUCCUGGUCAAUAUGAACGGCUAUACCAAAGGAGCCCGCAACGAGCUGUUUGCCCUGCGCCCCGCUCCCAUCCAGUGUAUGUGGCUGGGCUACCCGGGAACCAGCGGAGCUCCCUUCAUGGACUACAUUGUGUCAGACAAGGAGACGUCCCCCUUCGAGGUGGCAGAGCAGUACUCUGAGAAACUAGCCUACAUGCCACACACCUUCUUCAUCGGAGACCACGCUAACAUGUUCCCCCACCUCAAGAAAAAGGCGGUGAUUGACUUCAAGUCAAACGGCCACAUCUUUGACAACCGCAUCGUUCUGAAUGGCAUCGACCUCAAGGCCUUCCUGGACAGCCUGCCUGACGUCAAGGUGGUCAAGAUGAGGUGUGCCAGUGGGGACAGUGGAGUAGCAGAAACCAACGGGGCUCUGUCCAUGCCUGUCAUCCCCAUGAACACAGCAGCUGAGGCCAUCAUCAACAUGAUCAACCAGGGACAGAUUCAGGUCACCAUCAACGGAUUCACUGUCAGCAACGGACUGGCCACUACACAGAUACUUCCAUUGGAGGUGGUUGUAGUAUCAGGGUCUGUAUCCCUCCAGAUCAACAACAAGGCGGCUACAGGAGAAGAGGUGCCUCGUACCAUCGUGGUGACAACCCGCUCCCAGUACGGCCUGCCUGAAGACUCCAUCGUCUACUGCAACUUCAACCAGCUCUACAAGAUCGACCCUCCCACCCUGCAGAUGUGGGCCAAUAUCCUGAAGCGUGUUCCCAACAGUGUUCUGUGGUUGCUGCGUUUCCCUGCGGUGGGCGAGCCCAACAUCCAGCAGUACGCCCAGAACUUCGGCCUGCCCGGCUCCCGCAUCAUCUUCUCUCCCGUGGCGCCCAAGGAGGAGCACGUGAGACGGGGCCAGCUGGCCGACGUGUGUCUGGACACGCCCCUCUGUAACGGACACACCACCGGCAUGGACGUCCUCUGGGCCGGGACUCCCAUGGUUACCAUGCCAGGUGAGACCCUGGCGUCGCGCGUGGCAGCCUCUCAGCUACAGUGUCUGGGCUGUCCUGAGCUCAUCGCCCACACCAGACAGGAAUAUGAGGACGUGGCUGUCAAACUGGGUUGUGAUAUGGAAUAUCUGAAGAUGAUCCGGUCCCGUGUGUGGAAGCAGCGUAUCUGCAGCCCUCUGUUCAACACCAAGCAGUACACGAUGGAUCUGGAGAAGCUCUACCUGCAGAUGUGGGAGCGUCACGCCAGCGGCAGCAAGCCAGACCACCUGGUCAAACUGCAGCCCAACGAGAGCAGUGAGAGCGCCUGAAGUCCCAGACCCAGGUUGUGUCCCAAAUGGCACCCUAUUCUCUAUAUAGUACACUGCCUAUGACCGAGGCCCGAGACAUAGGUAGUGCACUACAAAAAGGAACAUGGUGCUUUAUGGGACGCGACCCCCCUGAACCUGACGUCCCAUCAAUCGAUGCACGUCGCCCCCACCCUGACCUCUAAACCCCAGACCUCUUAUCUCCAGUCCCUCCAGAGCAGCAGAAGCAUCUGGGCUUGAACUCUGACCCCCAAUCACCCCUAACCCACCACUCUGCCCCUCCUGCCCAAAGCCUAGCGCCUAUCUGCUCCCCUUUAGCCCCCUUCAUCCCUUCCUCCCUCCCCUGUGACUUGGACUCUUGUCUGUUGUAGAGCCUGCAGGUGUGUCUCCCUCUACCCCCUCCCUGCCAUUCACCUCCCUCGUCAUCAUAUCCCAUCCAUGUUGGUUUCCCUGAGCCAGACUGAGCCAGAACCACUCUGCCCUUCACCUGAGACUCUUCCCCCAAACCACAGCAUCCACACUGGGUACGAGAGGAGGAACACCCCUUCUCCAUCCAUCCCUCCCUCCCUCCAUACAGCGCCUAGAAGAGACCCCCCUUGGCUUUUUCACUUCCCUUCUGUGUGUGUAUAUGGGACUCAUUAGGGCCUUGAGGUUUGAGAGCCAGUCCCAAGCCUCUAUGUAAUAAUUGAAUAUGUAAUAAGAGGUUGAUGUUAUAUAAGAGUACAAAGGGACUGUGUUGAAGAUCUAGUCACUCGUCUUGAACUGAAAACAUUGAAUCGGCUUAAACAUGUUAAAACAUUGUCUUUAGUUUGCAGCUGCUCUUGGUAAUAACUCUGCCAGGAUUUGAGUAAGAGUUUCAUAAUCAGAUUUCAGAGAGGAAGAUCAUAACCACUUCCUUCCCCCACCACCCAAAUGCCAACUUUGAAGGAUUUUGUCAUGUGUCAAUGUAAGAAAACAAAAAAUAUUCUCGAUGGCUUUGUCCUCUUGUUCGAUGUCACGCACUAUGCUUGUUAAGACCAAACCUUGUGGAUAAAGUGAGAGUUUCAGUACUACCCCAUUGGAAUGGCCCUGUUUUUCUUUCACCCUUCGCUGCUCCUCUCCCCAUGCAAUGAUUGAUUUUUAUCACUCAAACCAGGAAUGGCCUAGGUAAGUAUUUUCUGAGCAGUUUUAGUUUUGUACUCUUGCCUUUGUUUUAUUGAAGCUCUGUCUGGUAUGCUGCAAGGCUCUGACUCCAUGUCUGUUGAAAUAAAGAAAUAAGGCCAA